AUUGUGUUCUUCUGCUUCUCUCUCUAGUCUACACCAAAAAGCAGAAAAUAAAAGAUAGAAAUUAGCUAAAAGAGGGCAUGUGUAGCUUGUUGUGACUAAUGAGACUAAAAAUCAAAGUUUUCAACUUCUUUCUCCUCUCUUCUUAAAAGUAUCACCAUUUUCCAUUCAAUAAUGUUGUAUCCUCCAUAAAUCAAAUCCAAAUAAACCAAAUCAAAACUCUCCAUUUCUUCUUUCAACCUUAACAAAUCUACAUUUCUUUCCUUUUUAAAACAACAAAAAAUGGGGUGUUGUGUUUCAAGAAUUGAUAGACAAGAAAUGGUAUCAAGAUGUAGAGCAAGAAAAAGAUACAUGAAACAAUUAGUUGAAGCUAGAGUUUUUCUCUCUUCUUCUCACUCUUUUUACCUUCGUUCUCUUCGUUCAACUGGUUCUGCUCUCUUUCAAUUCUCCACCGGAGAAUCUUCUCUCCUCCACCACCACCACCACCACCACAAUCUCUCUCCUCCACCACCACCACCACCUCCGCCGCAACUUCCUCCAACGCCACCACCUCCGCCAUCUAUGUCUCCUAGUACAGACACAUGGACAACCACCACUUCCACCACCACCACAUCAGCUCUUCCUCCUCCACCACCACCUCCACCACCGCCGCCGGUGGCGGGGUCCACGUGGGAUUUCUGGGACCCAUUUGUCCCUUCCUCGGUCCCUCGAAGCGGGACCGAGGAAGAGGAGUGGGAAGAAGAAGCUGCUACUAGUACUACUACUGCUACUACUACUAUUACUGCUACUGCUACUGCUACUGUUACUCCUAUGAGAGCGGCGGCGAAUGUGGCGGCACCACCUUCGGUGGUUAGUGGGUUUUCUAAAGAGAGUGAAAUGGCGGUUGUGGUUUCGAGACAAGGGAAGGAAUUAGUGGAGAUAAUUAAGGAAUUAGAUGAGUAUUUUCUUAGAGCUGCUGAUGCUGCUGCUUUUGUUUCUGGGGUUUUAGAAGUUCAUACUUUCUCUAAUCUAUCUACAUCUAAUAAUAAUUAUCAUUACCAUCAUCUCGCUUCUUCAGGGAAGGUGUAUAAUAAUGGGAGGAGUUUGAGUUGGAGCCCAAUGUUAUGGGGAUCAAGUGGGAAGUUAAAUGGGUUUGGAUCAUGUAAAUUAGGAGAUGAUAUGGCAGUUGGUAGAAUGGGGAUGAUUAAUGUUAAUAGUGGUGUUAAUGUUAUUAAUGGUAGCAGUCAUUGCUCUACUAUAGAGAGGCUUUAUGCUUGGGAAAAGAAGCUCUUCCAUGAAGUCAAGAACGCAGAGACAAUAAAGAUGGAGCAUGAGAAGAGGGUAGAACAGCUAAGGAGACUGGAGGUGAAGAGAGCAGACUAUUUUAAGACAGAGAAAACAAAGAAAGAGGUAGAAAAACUUGAGUCACAAAUAGAGGUUGCAUCUCAAGCCAUCCAAACAACCUCUAAUGAGAUCAUUAAAUUAAGGGAAACUGAGCUUUACCCUCAACUCCUCGACAUCGUUAAAGGGUGUAUGUGCAUGUGGAGGAGCAUGUAUGAGUGCCACCAAGUCCAAAUGCACAUUGUUGAUCAACUCAAGUUCCUAAACACCAUACCAUCCACUGAACCCACAUCCGAGAUCCAUCGUCAGUCCACAUUGCAACUCGAGGUAGAGCUUCAACAAUGGCAUCAAUCAUUUUGCAACCUAGUCAAAGCUCAACGGGACUACAUCCGUUCCCUAACUGGGUGGCUCCGUUUAAGCCUCUUCCAGUUCAACAAAAACCCACUAAUGAGGUCCAUGCAAGAUUCUACCAUCUACUCCCUUUGUGAACAAUGGCAGCUUGAAAUCGAUAACGUCCCUGAUAAAGUGGCAUCAGAGGGGAUCAAAAGCUUAUGGACAGUGAUCCAUGCCAUUGUAGUUCAACAAGCUGAGGAGCUUAAGCAGAAGAAGAGAUCAGAGGUAGCUAAUAAGCAGCUUGAGAAGAGGGCAGUCGAGCUAAGGUCUUUAGAGGUAAAGUACGGACCAUACUCAAAGCCUGAGAUAUCGAGCUCAAGAAAGGGGGGAGACCCAGUAGGAGAGAAACGAGCAAAGGUGGAUAUGUUGAAAGUAAAAGCCGAGGAGGAGAAGGCUAAGCAUGAGAAAUCAGUUAGCGCGACUAGGGCUAUGACACUAAACAACAUGCAGAUGGGGCUUCCUCAUGUUUUUCAGGCUAUGACUGGUUUCUCAAGUGUCUGUAAGCAAGCUUUCGAGAAAGUAUACAACGAGACCAAAAAUAUGGAUCAGGAGCUUGAUGUCAAGAGGUUGAUGAUGACUUAGAAGCUGACAUGGGACUUCAAAACAGGGUACUAGGUGAAUUUUUCUUCUUGUUUCUUUUCUUUUUGCCUUUGUAUAGAUCUAUCUUUUAGACGUAGGACGAUGUUAAAAAUUUGUAGGUUAGUGAAGUUGAUCAAAUGAAAAUCUUGCGAGAAAGACUUUUUAA